AUGGCUGCUCUGCCCCACCAGUCGUUUCUCCGCAGCCCCGUGCGCUUCAAUGCCACUGCAGCCACCCCUGCCGCUGCCGCCGAUGCCGUCUCCUCCUUGCGAUCCUCUCAGCUUCAAGUUGGCGCUUGGAUGCUCGGCUGCACGUCCCUCAUCUUCGGUGCUGUAGUUCUCGGAGGCGUAACCCGCCUUACGGAGAGUGGUCUCUCCAUGACCAAGUGGCACCCCAUCAAGGGCAUGAAAGCUCCUACAACUCAGGCCGAAUGGGAGGCUGAGUUUGAGCAUUAUAAGCAGUUCCCAGAGUACAAAUACUCUGUGGGUAUGACACUCGAGGACUUUAAGCAAAUCUUCUUCAUGGAAUACGCACACCGCAUGUGGGGCCGUUUGAUUGGCAUGGCCUUCAUCCUGCCCGGCGCUUACUUUGCCCUGAAAAAGAAAAUUCAGCCGCAACUGCGUCCGGUUGUACUGGCUAUCGGUGGUCUCAUCGGAUUUCAAGGCGUAUUGGGCUGGCUGAUGGUGAAGAGUGGUCUUGAUUAUGAUCCCCAAGGCAAACACGCGCCACGUGUCAGUCAAUAUCGGCUUGCCGCUCAUUUGGGAUCAGCAUUUGUGCUCUACGUCAUGACUCUAUACACUGGCCUGCUCCACGUCUUGCCGGCACAGCCCCUUCAGGGGGACCUGAAACGUCUCCGCACGUUUCGUAAGCUGGCGCAUGGCAUUGCCGGACUGGUCUUUGUGACGGCCAUCUCUGGAGCUUUCGUGGCGGGCAUGGACGCCGGCCUCAUCUACAACGAAUUUCCCUUUAUGGGCGAGAGCCUCGUGCCCACGGACAUUAACGUUUUACAACCAAUCUGGAAGAACGUGUUUGAGAACCCAGCCACGGCCCAGUUUGACCACCGUGUUUUGGGCACAAGUACUGGUCUUGCUGUGGCGGGUUUGUGGGCCUACGCGCGCAAACUGUCACUCCCACCUCGUGCUCGUAUUGCCACGCACGCCAUGCUGGGCAUGGUCGCCGUUCAGAUUACCCUUGGCAUUAGCACCUUGUUGUACUUUGUCCCCACCCCCCUCGCUGCCACCCAUCAAGCCGGUUCUUUGGGAUUGUUGACGUUUGCAACAUGGUUGCUCUAUGAGCUCCGUGCUGUUCCCAAGUAA